UUAAAGAAACAGAAGAAAUCUAUUGAGUGGAGUGUACGUAGUACUUAGUAGAUAUAUAUUAUACAAAAAGAAAAGAAGGAUGUCAUGGUUAUUCAAGUUUGUGAAGGAAGGUAAAGCCUAUUUAGCAGUGACAUUGUUGCAAUUUGGAUAUGCAGGAUCAGCCAUUAUUGCUAAGUCUGCUCUAAAUCAUGGCAUGAGCCAUUUCACCUUUGCUGUCUACAGAAAUGUCUUUGCCACUAUUGUCUUUGCUCCUUUUGCCUUGGUCUUUGAAAGGAAAAUAAGGCCGAAAAUGAGUAUAUCCAUUUUCUUGAAGAUUAUGUUGCUUGGCUUAGUGGAGCCUGUCAUCGACCAGAACUUGUAUUACACAGGAUUGAGAUACACUACUGCAACUUCUGCUGCAGCAAUGUGUAAUUUGCUUCCAGCUCUCACCUUUUUGUUGGCUUGGAUACUAAGGCUUGAGAAGGUUAAUAUUAUGAGAUUAUCAAGCCAGGCAAAAAUAAUAGGAACAACAGUGACAUUUGGUGGUGCGAUGAUUAUGACACUUGUUGGAGGACCUACAAUUGGAUUGCCCUGGACCAGACAUGAUCACAUCAAUAUUAUUCCAUCUUCUACUACUGAUUUACAACCCAUUAAGGGUGCUCUUUUCAUAGCAGCAGGUUGUAUUUGUUGGGCCUGCUUUUACAAUCUCCAGGCAAUUACACUGAAGACAUACCCUGCAUCAUUAUCACUCACUUGUCUAAUAUGCUCCGCCGGAGCUCUGCAAGGCACUCUUCUGACCCUUGUGGUUGAAAGGGGCAAUACUUCAAUAUGGGCCAUCCAAUGGGACACUACAUUCUUAUCUUACGUUUAUAGUGGAAUGGUCACUUCUGGAGUUGGCUAUUAUGUCUCUGGAUUGAUAAUGAAGGAAAAAGGACCUGUUUUUGUUACUGCAUUUAAUCCUCUGAAUAUGGUUAUCGUCGCAAUUUUGGGUUCAUUCAUUUUAUCCGAGGAGCUUAACUUGGGAAGAGUUUUGGGAGGGGCAAUAAUUGUUAUUGGACUAUAUUUAGUAAUAUGGGGCAAGAGCAAGGACCAACAAUCAUUGAGUAUUGAAGAGACUGCUCAAUCUGAAUUUGUUGAUCAAAAAGAAAUAUCAAAGUCUUCAAAUCAGGCAAAAGUUGGAGAUGAAUCUGUUUAAGAAGAAAUGGCUAGGAUUAAAUUUAGAAGGAUACGUAGAAAUAAUUAAGGCAUAAUACAAAAAUGUGCCCUUUAAUUUGGCUUCAAAUCACGUUUAUGCUCUUUAAUUUUGGAUAUGCACAAAUAGAUACUUAAUCUUUUAUAAAGUUCAACAAAUAGACACACA